AUGCCAGUAGAGGCCAUUGAAUCAUUGAAGACAACAAACGCGCAGAUCCAGUCCACAUUAGCCUUCCUCGUACAGGCCGUGGAUGAUCCGCCUCAGCAACCAAGCCUUUUGUCCAAGCGCCAAGCUUCUGCAGUUUCCGGGACUCCCCGUCCUCAACCGUCCGUCCACUCCCUUGAUCGGAUAGUGUGGUCCUGUCUGAUUAUUCGUCAACUUCUGCCCGGCCCAACGGUAGUGGCUGACUUAAACUCCGACGCCUACUUUGCCCCAAAUUUGGAGUUAUCAGACUCCACAGUGACGGGUGGCCUUCUUCGGCUGCUCAGAACAUUGGCAAAUGUAUGGGCUCUCAUUCUGACAAACGAAGAGAAAGUACACGCUGAGUGGCGCAAUUUCCUUUCGGCGGACACCCCUUCGGCGGUGGAUGGGGGCCCUGGACGGCUUCUACCACCGUUCAACGACACUGUAAACUUCACAGAUGCUCUGAAUAUGAUGAAGGGUGCCUUCCCACUAGCAGCGAUAUCUCCGACCGCAGAAUCCCCACCGAGCAGCCACAGCAGUCUCGCGGACUUUUGUGCCGAGCUUCGUCUUUGGAUUGGUCUAGCAGAAAUCGCCCUCACGUCUCCCAGUCUG